UCUCAGAAAUUUAGCAUGGACCAUAUAUAUUUCUUGAGAGUUUGGAGACAUUGAAAUUUCAGAUUCUUGUCUGUGGUUAAACCUCGGAACUAGAGACAGGGUAUGGUCUUAUAAUAUCAAGUCACUUUUUUAUAAACUCUUAUCUUAAACUCUCCCCUUCUCUCUCAACACUGGCUUGUAUCUUUAGCUUUGGUAGUUCAUCAUGAGAAUGCUUCUUGGUCUCUUGUUUCUCUUGGUUUUAACCGGCUACUCAAGUGCAACUUACUGUCUAUGCCGAGAUGGAGUUGCAGAGAAAGAUCUUCAAACGACGAUAGAUUAUGCAUGUGGAGUUUUAGGAGAUUGUAACCAAAUCCAUGACAAAGGUCCUUGUUACCAACCCAACAAUGUCAAAGGCCAUUGUGAUUGGGCAGCGAAUAGCUAUUUCCAAAGAGCCGGUCAAGUUCCUGGAAGCUGUAAUUUCUCAGGAACUGCUACUACCAGUCCAAAUCUUCCUUCAACUGUGGUUACUGGUUGCAUCUAUCCUUCAAGUCCUGGGAAUGCAGGGACAGGAGCUCCAGGGACACCGACCUUUCUAGGACCUCCUGCGUUUGGUCCGGCCGGAGGUUUUGAUCCUUCAGGGAGUGAUGCUUUGAGUUUGCUCACUUCAAUAGCAGUCACACUUGGUUUCUCCGUCGUCGCGUUUCUAUAAAAGGCAGUAGUAGUGUGACUAGAAAGUGGGGUUAAGAAUUUUAAUCUACGGAUGAAGUUUUGCCACGUAUGAAUGCAAGUUCCUUGAAGCAGACAUCCACCUAGUGUUGCUUUUCUUCAUGUUUAGGCUUUUCUGAUUUAUGUUUGUUUCUUUCUUUCAUGUAUGCAAUGCAAUGUAAGUAAGAGUUAAUGGC